AUGAAGUCUCGUAAUCUUAAUCAUCUCUGGCCAGUCGUUUUGUCGUUCGCGGUGAUCUGUAUCCUCUUACCGACAUAUACGGUAAUCCAGCGCAGCGAGCGUGUGGGAUGGAGCAAAACGAGAUCCAAUGCAAAUAUACCUACCGCCGCUACUGUUAACAAUGACUUCACCAAAGUCGGCAUCCCUUUCGGAGAUCCUUAUGAAGCGCUCAAGCUCUCAGAGAGCAAAUUAAGCAAGCGAGUAGGUUUCUGGGAGACUGCCAUCGCAAAUGGGAAGGCCAGAAUCGAGAGAAUGCAAGGACCAAGGACCCAAACUCAAUAUAGCCACUAUGAAGACCUUGCUGGCAAUGGUUGGACGUACGAAGACGAGAAGGAACCAUUCAUGGUGCAAGGAUAUAAUCAGAUAUACAAACAGCUGGGAAUCAAAAGUGAUUUCGACAAUCACAUUACUAACGCUCAAAGCCAAAGUUUUGGCAAUUGCAUGUUCCAAGAUCUGGCACCAACGGGAGGAACUUUCUACAACAUCUACAACCCUGCAGGGCGGAUGCUCAUGGGGUCCGACAAUGUCAGCCCAUACUCGAGGCUUCAGGGUCAGGCCAAUAUUACAAUCGGAACCAACACCAACGUUGCGUGGUGGCAGAGACUGCCAAAUUUGCAAAAGUGGUCCGACGUGGCUGGAAUUGUGUGGUCUCAUUUGGCAGGUGGCCAAGCUGGGUCGCUGAAAUACAUCUUUAAACAGGGAAUCAUCACUCCAGCCACUCAACGAAUCAUAAUUGAGGCCGCGGGACGGCAACCGAUGGUCGAACCAACCGGCAAUUUUGUUUUCGACAAGCCUUGGCCGGGUUACAAUUUUCUUUCCGGCUCGGACACUUUCGCGGCCCUGAUGAGCACUCCCCAUGGGAACGGGAUUGCCUUUCUACUAAUAUCUCAUCCGGAUCAAUUCGGCAGUAAGAUGAUUGAGAGUAUCACCAUAUUCACUAUCACCGGCCAAACACCCCCUUAUCACAUGCUGUUCACCCUUACAGAUUAG